GCCUGGGCAGCCCAGCCCCACUGUGGGCUCAGGGCUGUGAGCACCAUGGCCUGGACUCCUCUGCUCCUCGCGCUCCUCUCUCACUGCACAGGGUCCCUCUCCCAGCCUGUGCUGACUCAGCCGCCCUCCCUCUCUGCAUCUCCGGGAGCCACAGCCACAUUCACCUGCACCUUGAAAGGUGGUUCCAAUGUUGGCGUCUAUAACAUAAUCUGGUACCAGCAGAAGCCCGGGAGCCGUCCCCGGUAUCUCCUGAGAUAUAAAUCAGACUCUGACAAACACCAGGGCUCCGGGGUCCCAAACCGCUUCUCUGGAUCCAAAGACACUUCAGCCAAUGUGGGGCUCCUGACCAUCUCGGGGCUGCAGCCUGAGGACGAGGCUGAGUAUUUCUGUGCUGCAGAACAUGGCAGUGGGAGCGACUAUGCUUACACACAGUGUCCCAUAUGA